AUGAGUGAUUACCAGUUCUCAUUAACUACGGAGAGUUUGGUAGAGCAAAUUUUCAUUGCUCAGCUCAUUCUUACAGUACCCGGAAUCCUGAUUAACCUUCUCCAUGUAUAUAUCCUAUGCCACGUGUCUUUAAGAACUUCCAGCACGAAUUCUAUACUAAUCGGUAUUGGAAUUGUUGAUUUAUUGGUGCUAUCAGUAUUCUUACAUGAUCGAAUACGGCAAUUUUGGUUUCCAGCUUGUUCAGAAAUCUCUAGACAGUCAAAAUGGACCGACGAUUUACAAAGAGAUAUUCUAAAACAGACUUCCUUCUGUCCGAAAUCUGGAUAUUUUAUUGUUCGGCUAAUGUAUUUAGUAUGUUUUGUUUUAUCUAUUUUAUUUUAUUUUUCCGAACAAAACUCAGAUUGUACGAUUUCUUCUAAUAGUCUAGAAGAGCAACUUCAUUUCCUUGAACUUAUCAGUGCAAGCUCUCAAAUAUUGAUAAGCCUUAUCUAUCCAAUACUGGCUAUCCUUUUGAUUUGUGUUAUUUGGAAAUCCACAAAUACUGUACUUUUCACAGUCAGCAAGACAAGUUCUGUGGAGAGACUGAGAUAUUCACAAAAAUCUUAA